CCUUCCAUUUAGAACUUCGGGCCUUACGUGAUGAUCACGAUCUUCCUCGACGGAGUCCACUAACCUCAUUGCAGCCGUUUCUUGACGACCAUGAGAUAAUUAGAGUCGGUGGUCGACUGAAGCAUUCGUCGAUAUCAUUCGAGCGAAAACAUCCAAUAGUGUUAUCUGCUGGGGACCACCUCGUCAACCUAAUAAUUUAUGAGGCACAUUGCAAUACGCUUCAGGGUGGAUCCACUUUAAUGCUGGCCACUUUACGGACAACAACGGAGUAGCAAAUGGGCGAUUUACCAGCACCUAGAGUCAACGUAUCCAGACCAUUUUCUCAUGUAGGUGUGGAUUUUUGUGGCCCUUUUUUAGUCAAACGGAUGAAACAAGGUCAACACUGCCAGAAAGUAUGGGUUGCCAUAUUUAUUUGUUUGGCCGUGAAAGCCAUCCAUUUAGAGUACGCUGGUGACUUGUCGACCCCGACCUUCUUGGCCGCCCUUAGACGCUUCUUUGCGAGAAGGGGAGUUUGUACAUACAUUUAUAGCGACAAAGGAACUAACUUCGUUGGAGCUGAGAAGAUUUUGUCUAAGCUCCUAGAUCAACCUGCCAUUCAUCAGGAGUUCACCCGUCAAAGAAUAACGUGGCACUUCAUGCCUCCAGCCGCACCACACUUUGGCGGAUUAUGGGAGGCUGGCGUGAAAUCUUUUAAGAGGCAUUUUUACCGCGUCGUGGGACAAGCUAAACUAACAAUAGAGGAAUUCAUCACCAUCUGCGCUCAAAUUGAAGUGUGUCUCAAUUCAAGACCGUUAUGUCCGUUGUCGGACUCUCCAGAAGAUGCAACAGCGUUGACUCCGGGGCAUUUUUUAAUCGGAGAUGCGUUACUGAGUCCACCAACUCCAUCGAUGAAGGAUCUACACCUAAAACCUACAACUCGUUGGCAAUACCAACAGUAGCUCACUCAGCAUUGGUGGAAGCGAUGGUCAUCCGAAUACCUCACUAGACUGCAGCAAAGGCUUAAGUGGCUACAUGAAAAACCGAACCUUCAAGAAGGUGACUUAGUGCUAGUAAAGGAGGACAAUCUGCCCCCCGCACGAUGGAAUAUGGGUAGAAUCAUCUCAACUUAUCCAGGCAACGAUGGAUUAGUGAGGGUAGUCACCAUCCGAAUGGGAAACAGCCGUUUACUACGACCAAUAACCAAGAUCUGCAGACUUCCGAUAGACGCGCCACCCAUUUGAACUGGUUGCACUCAGGGAGCUGCAACGGAGGCCGGGAUGUUCGUAAUUCCCUAGUCCGCCAAGGAAGAAGAUCCCCGACGUGAAUAUCCCUAGUCGACCAUACAUCCUAGGGAUUUUCUAAUAUCACUAGUCUGGGGUUUGGGCACGUUUUGAAACAAUCGUAUCGUAACCGUUUUGGAAUAGUAGAAGUCGUACAAAUUUUGUCAUAAACAUUUUUGAAAUAAAACAUCGCAAUUCAUUGAUAAACUAAA